GCUCCACCAGCAGCAGCAUCACCAUCACCAUCACCGAUCAGAGCAGAGAGGAGUGGACCGCAGCGCUCGACCAGCUCCUAUAAAAACAGCUGCAGUAUGAAAUUUAAAAAUGUAAUCAGGAAUUGCCGAGAUAUGUCCAGUUAGUCCAGAGGAGCUGUCGUUCUGCCGCUGUUCUGCCGUCUUAUAUUUUCGCUUUUUUCGCAACGCAACGCGCCCCAUCCCUCAAAAUGGCUGAGAUCACUGAGAUACGAGCAGCGUACGAUAUGUCCCCAGUGCUUGCGGGAUUUAUCGGUGCUGGCGUGUUGGUGGUCGCGGUGGUGGCGUUAAUUUUCAUGUGGACCUGCUGCCAGAAACGCUACCAGAGGAUGUCGGGAAGCUACAAGCUCCACGGCCUCCAGUCAGAAUAUAGCGACCCUUCAACGGACCCGCCAUACAAGUUCAUCCACAUGUUGAAGGGCAUGAGCAUCUACCCAGAAACACUGACCAGCAGCAAGAGGAUCGUGCGACUAGCACGUAGAGCCAGUGUUCGAGGCACUGAUGUAGAGAAGGCUAGCAGGGGCUGUCCGGUGGUGCUGGUGGAUGCAGGCACUGGGUCAGAAAGCAGCCCGACAGGCACACCUCAGCUUCAGGUGAGCGGGUUAGAGGACAGCUCUUACCCGGCGCCACGGCUAGAGAAGGAACUGCCCGUCCAUGCGGAUUACUGCAGCCUAGACAGCAGCCCAGCCAGCGGCAGCAGCAGCCAAAGCUCCAGCACCACAGCCUCCAACACAGCCACCCCUUUCACCCCAGCUGAUGAGCAGGGCCGUGGCACCCUGAGCCUGGCCAUCGACUACAACUUCCCUAAGAAGGCUCUAGUAGUCACUGUCUUGGAGGCACGGGGACUGCCAGCUGUGGACAGCCAGGCGGGCAGUGCUGACCCUUACGUGAAGAUGACCAUCCUGCCAGAGAAAAAGCACCGUGUGAAGACCCGCGUCCUGCGUAAGACGUUGGAGCCAGUGUUUGACGAGACCUUCACCUUCUAUGGGGUACCCUACAGUUCACUGCCUGAGCUCACGCUACAUUUCCUGGUGCUGAGCUUCGACCGCUUCUCGAGGGAUGACGUGGUCGGGGAAGCGCUGGUACCUCUGGCCGAUGUGGACCCCAGUACGGGCAGAGUGCACAUCACACAGCAGAUCAGCAAGAGAAGCAUGCAGUGUGUGAGCCGUGGGGAGCUGCUAGUGUCUCUGUCCUACCAGCCUGUCUCUCACAGGCUCAGUGUGGUGGUCCUGAAAGCCAGACAUCUCCCCAAACUAGACAUCACAGGCCUGUCCGGAAAUCCGUAUGUGAAAGUGAAUGUGUUCUAUGGCCGCAAACGUAUCGCCAAGAAGAAGACUCAUGUGAAAAAGUGCACACUGAAUCCUGUCUUCAACGAGUCCUUCAUCUAUGAUGUGCCCGCCGACCUUCUACCUGACAUCUCUAUCGAAUUCCUGGUCAUGGACUUUGACCGCACUACUAAGAACCAGGCUGUGGGCCGUCUAGUGCUUGGCACACAAAGUCCUUGCCCCUCUGGCGCCACCCACUGGCAAGAGGUCUGCCAAAACCCUCGCCGACAAAUCUCCAAAUGGCACAGCCUCAGUGAAUUCUAGGGCUCCAGCUCUCUCUCCCGUACACAUAGAAACACACACACAGACACACACACACACAUAUACACACGUACAUGCACAUACAUACAGAAACAUUAUACACAAAUAGACUAGGGAGACCUCAGGCUGUAAAAGAGAUGCCUGUGUUCAUUCAUCUCUUGGACUAAAGGAACACCAAGUGAAUCAGAGGUACUUCAGAUGGACUUUGUAUGAAAACACAAUGAACUUUUGCAACAGCUGUGUAGUGAUAGCUCUGAAUAAUCUUUUUAAAUAAUGCUGUUUCAGCUAUGUAUUGUACACUGACACACACAAAUACGCAUACACACAGAAAAACACAUAUCACUGAAGAAUAGUAACUAAAGAGACCAAAAUAUUACAAUGUACACGAUUCUGAGACUGUUAUGAGUACAACCUCUUGAUUUAAGCAGUUGUGAUUGUGUGUAUGUUUAAAUUAAGGUGUAAAAUGUCUGCCUCUGCAGAGCUCUCACUGCACUGCUCUGUCUCACUGUACCGCAUGUCUGAAUAACACAAGAUUUACUCUCUAAAAAAAUAAUACUACAAGCUAAGCAAAGAGUAGUCAGUGCUGAGAGUUAGUGUCGCUUGUCACAUUGAAGUUAAAUGCGACCAUCACAUCCAUUUUUGGGCUGUAUAAUCACCUCUGGAUGACAUGCCUAUUUAUUUUAUUUUGAGAUCAGGUAAAGAUUUCAUGGUGCCCUUCUCUUCUGCUGGUAUAUAAAGUGGUCAGGAUGUAUCAUAACCCCUGUUUUGGUUAGAACAAUACUAUAGCACGCUGACACAGAAACUGUUGACUGAAUGAGUGUUGACUGAAUGUUCUUUUUCAGUGCAACUUGAGAUGAAUAAUGAUGACUUUAGAGUGAUGUUUCAUUAUCUUUGCAGGUUCAAAAUGGGUUAAAUGGCCAUGCUUUCAUUAUUACCCGUGCACUACCCAGUUCAUACAAACUUCAUUAUGAUGCUGUUGCUGUAUCAUAACUGCAAGGGAAAAGCUAUGAGGCCAGUCACCAUCGACUCAGAAACUCUCUCUGAAUGUCACUGUACUCAUGCUCAAAAGUCUGUUUUUUUCCACCACGCAAGUUGCCUCUUUUUAUAUGUUUCUCAGUCUUGUGCUGCACGCCAUAUGCUCUUUUGAAGCAGGUUUUCUUCACUGGGUCUUAAUGACACUGUAAAUAUUGCACAAUACAGAGAGGGUGUCUGUGUGUAUGUACUAUGAGGAUGUUAGAUAUUGUACUGUAUGCACUGGACACCCCUGGCAUGUUUCUUGGAGGCCUGAUAGUUAUGCUAUGGUGUGUGUGUGUUAGUAAAAAGGUUGAAAGAGAUCUGUAAGAUAUCUAUUAGGGUGGGUUAAUAGACUAACUGGCUCUCUGACUGUAGGCAGACUAAUAGCUAUAAUUCAUAAAGCCUGUUUUUUGAGAUUCACCACGGUGAUGUGCGUAAGGUGCUGUGCACAAAAGGGGUAGGAUUACACAAUGUAUCCCAGUCCAGGCCUGUCAUGAAAUUUUAGCAGAAAAAAAUUGCCAUAUAAAUAAUUGCAAUUAACAAUUGACAUGUCUUUUUGUUGUUGAUUGUAUGCAGCUAAUAAAGUACAAGCAUAAAGUAGCCAGAUUGGCUGAUUAGCUAUCUCAUGUCCUACCUGUUGAUACUUUGUAGCUUCCGGUUUACUACACCGUUCAAUUCAAAUAAACAAACAUUACUUCCUGACAUCAUUUCAAGGUAUUAUUAGGUCGUCGUAUUUGUAAGACUCAUGACGUCUCAAUAAAUGCGUUUUCAGCUUUUCUUUACAUAGAUUGCAUUUGCCCUAUAAAUGAAAACACACCCAAUUCACAUUCUAUGUGCUCUAACAUAAACCUACGAUUGUGAAAACUAACAGUUAUGGAAAAUAAUUGUGAUUAGCUCAAAUCAUUACACUCAGUUUUGAUAAUUCCAGUCAUUUUUAUGUAUAAAUUGUGACAGGCUUAUCAUGGUCAAUAUGUUAUACAACGGAAAAAUGUAAUUUAUCAGCCCUAUUUUUUACAGCUGAUAAGUACUGCUGAGGAAUUGGCACCUAAUUUUUGCUUGAGCCAAGCCAUGCUCUAAUCCUUUAGAUUGAAAAUGUCAAUGUGGAAGUUUUAAAAGAGAACUACAGAAUUAAAAUACAACAGGGGAAAUACAGUAAAGACUAACAGCGUCAUUAAGGCAUUAGCACCUUGCAUCUUUGGCCUUUUUAACCAUUCCUACCCUUCUGCACCUGUUUGAAAAUGCAAAACAACUGGUUAUUGGCCACAAAAUUCUAUAGCUAGUGCGUACCUAGAGAAAAGGUUACAUUCAGACUAAUGGAGCACUGACCUGACAGGCUGGUGUUCAAGGGUUUUCACAGCAGGCUCUUCUGACACCUCUGUGACUGUGAUACAGCUAUAAACACACACACCACACACUAUCAUCCCCAACUUCUGCCCAGCCCCCAAACAGCUUAUGUGUAUAAUCUUCAGAUUUCCCUUGUUUCAGAAUUUUUUUUGGUGGGCCAAUGGUAUACCUUUUCUAACGCUUAAAAUAGUCAUCUAAUGGAUAUGCUGCCAACUGUUAGGUUACUGAAAGGAAAAGGGCUUCUCAUCAUACAGGCUUCAAGUGCUGUAGUUAAACUUUAGCUGGACAACACUCCCUCCGCUCACCUCUCAGUAGCUUUCUGUACUGUACAAAGCGCUUUUGUAUCUUAAUGCCAGUAUUAUUGACUUGGCUGAAAAGAUUCAAAAUAUACAGAAACGGUGACGGUGUUAUCAGAUGUGACCAUGAAUAUGUUGGUUAAAAAAAUAAAUCUGAAGAACCUUUUGUGUUCAAAUAUUAGAAAUAAAAAGAAUAACUUGUGAAUAAUUCACGUACACUGCUGAAUGCCGAGACACAUUUGCUGAAUAUAAUACACUGACCUGUAUGUUGGUGUUCUUACACACACUGAAUGUACAAAUUAAAUGUGACACAAAGAGAA